CCAACGGGUUGAGGUGGGUCUGGGCCUCUGCUUAGACCUCGCUCGAUUCUGAAUGGAGGAGGAGAAAGUCCAAUUGCUGACACGCACAUUUCCGUGGGCCUCAGCCUCCAAAGUCACAGACCAUCCCCGACCGCUCCACUGAUCAAAUCCGAAGGGACACCUGGCAUCCUGAAUCACCAUGGGCAACGAGAACAGCACCUCAGGCAACCAGCAAGAGGACUCCAGCUUGAAUAACAUCAUCCUGUUGCCUCCAAACCCUGAACCUCUGCAGAGGACUUCUUCAGCUCGGAGUGCAGGAUCUGUGCAACCACCUGGGAACAGUGAGAGUGCAGAAAGAAGGCUGGAGGAGAAGCCCAGAGGCAGUGACUGCAGAGACCUGCCCAGCGUGGGGCACGGAGGUUCCCGUUCCGCUUCUGAGAGUGCUGCCAGCUCCGAUCUCUGCACCGUGUCCCCAGAAGUGACUGAGCCAAGGAAGCACCCACGGGAAGCCAGGGGCCCAGAAGAUUCUCCACUGCCCAGCCCACUGGAGCCCUGGGAGCUGCAGAGUCUCUGGGCCUCCGUGCCCUUUGCUGAGGGUCCCCCGGAAGGUUGCUUGGCAAGCCCAGAAGCAGAACCUGAAGAUCGGUCCCUGGUUCAACACCCCCAGGGGGAACUUUCCCCAGAUGCCCCAGGACAUUCCCCAGCAGCCUUUGUCCCUGAGGGGGACAGCUCUACUCAGAGCAGGGUGGUUGCAGUCACCCCCAGCUCCGGAAGAGAGAGAGGCCCAAAGGACAAAGAGGAGCAGAAACUGUCUUCCUCCAGUGCCAUUGACCAGUUGCUGGGAAUUUCACCAGCUGCUCCUGAAGAGCCGAUGAGGGUGCAGCUGUGUGGAGAGGAUGGCCAACCUGGUGGUUUUGGCUCCCAAGGGAAAGAGGCUGCAGGUGGCUUUCCCCUGCCAGACUCUGGGCAGGAAGCCCCCAAGGCCCCUGCUGCAGCCCAACCAGGCCAAGAGAGCUCAGCUAACCUGGGGGAGUCUUCCCCAAAAUCUGAGACCCCAACCCCUCAAGAUCCAGCCCCCAAAUGCCAAGUGGAGGGCCUGCCUCAGGAUUUCACGGAAGACUCGGGAUUCCCUGGGGCCUGCCCUCCCACCGGGAGCAGUUCAGGGGCUGCCCAAGAAGCCGAAGCGAAGACGGCUUCCCAGCAGCAAAUAGGAGCGCAUCUGCUGCCUGCAGAGCUGCCCUGGGAUUCACCGGGUCCUGCAUUGGCCAUGGGGGCCAACGGCUCUUGGGAGGAGACUCUGGGUGCCCCUGAUGCUCGGGGUCACUCGCAGACAGGGGGUCGAGGAGACCAACCCGAGGGGGGCCCGCUUGUGAGCCCUGAGCCUGCCCCACGCGCAGCGACUGGGGAAACAAGUCCAGCUUCAAGCCUCACUUCACAGCCCGUUGCUCAGGCCUCUGUUGCUGCAGAACAACCCAGGGAGAUGGUUUCCGGGGCUGAGAUGCCUGUUCUUACAGAUCUGGGUGAAAAGCGGGCAGAAGCAGAGUUGGCAGGACAGGAGAAGCACGCAUCAGCCCUUGGAGGAGAGGAAGAGGGUCCAGAAGGAGACCCCAGAGAGCUUCCUGCCCCUUUGCCCCCGGAGGAGAGGGGAGAGCUCUGGAAUAGGGAGCAAAGCCACGAAGUCCAACACGGGGUUCUGCCUCUUCCCGCUCCCAGUGCAUCAGAUGAAAGUGCCAGAAGGUCACCAGAGCCAAAGGAUGAAGCCAAGGUCCCUGAAGGCCUAGCUGUAGCUAAGGAGGAAAGCAGACUACCUGGGGCUGACCCUGGAGGGCAGGAAGCAGCCUCAGAGUCACCUGAGGGUGUAGAUCCUGGGAACCUUCGGGGAGGGCAACCCGAGGCCUGCGGCUGUAAGGCUGACCCAGAGGUGGAAAAGGACAAGGUUUCACAGCUAACUAGUGAUGCGGAGAGCAAAGGCCUUCCCAGCAUGGCCUCAGCACAGCCACUCAGAAGGGAAGUCCCUGGGCAUGUGGACAGGCCCGGUUCUCCAUCAAAUGCAGCUUGGAGUUCGUUGGCCUGCGGGAUGAUGGGAGAAGCCCAGGUGGUCCACGCAUCCGGCUCCUUGCACCAGCUCCACGAGCAGGAUCUCCGCCCGCCCUCUGGGCCGGAUGGAGCCGGUGAACAAGUUUCUCCCGAGGGAGCUGUCUGGGAGGGGCCGGGACUGCAGACCAAAUAUCCUGACACCCUUCAGGACGUGGGGGGAUUGGGAAGAAUGGACUCUCUUCCUGCUUUAGAAGCUGAGAAAUCAGAUUUCCUGUCAACUCCUGUUAUAGAGGUCGUCCCCAAAGCCCAGGAGGCGGAGAGCACAUCUGAAAUAAAGAUGACGAGCCACCCAUCUGUGCAGACGCCCAGCAGCCGUGAUGGGGAGGGCUUGCUGACACCCCCAGACCCCCGUGGGCUGGGCCGUGACACAGCUGGACAGGAAGUCCACGCCGAUGGGCCACCUCCCCCUGAGGAGGAGAACUUGGCAGUGGACUCUGGGCUCCCAACACUCAGCCUGGAGCAAGAUCAGCAGGGAAACCCGUCCUGCCCAGGGGACAAUGGGUUACAAGUAGCUGCAUCCGAGAGGCCCUCACUCUGUCCUGAGAACCAUCUCCAGCUGUCCCAAACGGACCCAGAAGCAUCCAUCUUCGAUACGCUCAGGGAGAAGUCCCAACAGUGUGAAGGCGAGAAAGAGACUUACCCAGAUGAUGCAGAUUUUAAGAACCUGGGUGCAGAUUCUCCCCAAAUCCACACACCUGUGGCAUCCUGGGAAGGUAUGAGCUUGCCAACUCAUGGAGGAAAGGAGCAGACUUCUGAAUCAGAACUUCAAAGUGAGCUCUCCAAAGGCAGUCUGUUUGAUGCUCCAGGUUCAGCUCCCGGGGACACAGUUCUGGAGAAUCCUACGACAGAGCAGUCAGAGUUGUCAGCACUCAUGAGACCGAAGUUGCCUGUACUAGGGGAGGAUGGACGAGAGGGAGGAUGCAGUGGCAGUGAGCCGUCCAGGAGCACACCUGCUGCAGCAGACACCUUACAAGACUCUACUCUUGCAGAUAGCUUGAGCAGAAAGGAAAGUUGCUGUGCUGGGCAGGGACCAAACAAGUCCCAACAGGAGCUGGUUGACGGGCUGAAAGCUGGCAGCCAGCAUGGAGAAGCACGUCUCGGGGAUGCAGGCAUUUCUGAAGCAGCUGACGCUCGGCCCCCGCUCCGGGACUUGGGUAAGACAGAGAAAGCAAGUGGAAACACAGUGGGGGCCCCGCCUUGUCGGCCUGACUCCGUACCUCUCCUGGAGGCUGCUCACUGCCCGCCGCCUCCAGCACCUGCCAGCCCCAGAGUCACACCCGCCCAGGAGGCUCCAGAGAGAGACACAGGUGAUGAAACCCAGGAUGACAGGCAGCAAUCAGAGCUGGCCCCACAGGAGGAAAUGGAGUGCCCCACUGCCUCGGAUGCAGAGGCCCCAAAGCUUCCUGGAAGUUUCCCAUCAGCCGAGGAUCAAGGUGCAGAUGCUGGGACUGCUGAGACGGGUGGGAACGCUGACAGAGGAGACCUGGGGACACAGCGGGCUCCGGGGGAGCCAGGAGAAGCUGCUCCGAGUGGUGGCUUCCUCUGGACAGAGCAGUGCCUCUCCACUGAGGAGGAAGCUUCUACCUCUGCCCUAGGUGAGCCUUGCCAAGCCGAGCAGCCCUCUGCCAGCUGCCAGGAUGCCUGGCUGCCGGCGCAAGCGCUGGGUGGGAUUCCUGAGGGCGUAGUGGAUAUUUCUGCAGCCCAGCCUGUCCCCGACCCAAAGAGGCUCCUGCCAUCUGGGCCACCAGAAGCGGCUGCUCCUGACACUCCUUACCUGCAUAUCAAGGGUGCUGCCAGGAAAGGGGCGGAAGACAGUGGCGUGAAAGCUGUUUCAUCUCAAGGCCCCAGAACUCCUGGUGAAAGCCCUUGUCCUAUAAGGGAGCCCCUGCUUGUCUUGGAAAAUGCCUCCUCCGCUAAGGUGUCUGCUGGCUCCCCUGCCUCCCUCUUGCAAGCAGGAACUGCAGGUGGGGAAAUCUCUGCAGCGCAAGCCAGCAGCUCAAGCCCCAAAGCUGGGACCUUUGAGGCACCCAUGGACUCCAUGCCCUACCUGGACAGGAUGCCAUUUCUGGCCAAGGGUUCCCAGACCACAGGGGAGGAGAAAGUGUCAAAAGCCAAGCCCAGUGAACUUCCAGCAUGCCCUGCAAGUGAGGAGAGCACGACAGGUGAUGCAACAAGGGAGAGAGAGCGCAGCGGGGAGAGGAUGGUAGACCUUCCCAAGGAUCCCAGGAGGGGAGCAUCAGCUGGUGUAGACACAGGCUCCAAGCAGACCGGUAUGAUCACGGACUUCCCUGACUUCAGGGAGCACAUCACCAAGAUCUUUGAGAAGUCAGUGCUUGGAGCCCUGACCGCUGACCGGCCCCAGAGCACACUGGGAGAAAAGGCAGGAGCUGGGAAGCGUGUGAUGGGCAAGGACCUCGCCGUGCCAAGCCCCGAGAAGCUUCCAGAUGGGACUCAAGGAGUGGCCAUCACCCCUCUCCCCACCCCUCCUGCAGAACUCUGGGUGCCCUCAAAGGAGAAGAAGCAAGAGUUGGCUGUAGAGGCUGAGAUUUCUCAUCUGAGUCCCCAGGAGUCAGCUCCAGAGAAGCUGCUGGGGCUAGCACGGCCAGCUGCAGAGCAGAACCCGCCAGGUGCCAGUGCGGGGAAGGAGACGAGCGGGGCCCCACAGAUGCUGACAGAAAGCAAGAAGCUGGAGGGCGCCGGGGAAGGCUGGCCGGGGCUUGGAGGCCAGGCCCACGCGCCGCAGGAAAGCAGCCGGCAGGAACCUGCUUCCAGUCUGUCUUCACAGGCGACCUCUCCAGAGAUUCCCGUUGCUGACUUGCAGGUGGCUUCCCAGAGCCGGGGAGAAGGGGACUUAGUUCACGACGAUGGAAUUCCUUCUGAAAGACAGCAGCAGGGACCAUCCGGCCAUGACAGUCAACCCAGAGAAGAUGGUGCCCAGGGCUUUUCUCACCCAGGGGCUCUGGGGGACAUGCCAGUGUCCACCUCUGCCCAGGGGGCAUCUUCUCCCCAUGGGGACAUUCUGACUGUGGCCAAGGCCAUCAGCGAGCCCUGUACCCCAGACGCACUUAGGGGUGAGAAGAAGCAUGGAGGUGCCGCUGGGAUCUCGGAAACACAGAGUGCCCUGGGCACCCAGAGCGCCCUGGAGCCACGAGCUGGGGAAGUGGCAGACACUCCCCUGGAGCCCGGCUCGGGAGCAGGAGCUGCUAGGGAAGCGGCGUGUGACAUCCCUUUGAGCACAGCUGAGACUGAGGCACGUGUGUCUGACGACCUGCCUGAAACAGGUACUACGAGAAUGUUCUCCAGUGUGGCUUGUGUCUUGGUGCCCCCAGGAAGCCAUGGGGACCCAGGCUGCUCCGAAGGGGCUCUGAGGAUGGAGGCUGCAGCUGCCCUGAGCGGAGACAGCCCGGCCAGGCACCCGCAGGCUGAGGAGAAGCCUGGGCCUGAGCUCUCCGCUCCUGCUGGGGAUGGGAAGGUACGUGUCUCCUCACCUCCAGAACCUGACGAAACUCAGGACCUGAAGCUGCAAGACCUGGAUCCAGAAGCACUCAACACUGAGAGAGAGAGCCCUGGACCUGGCCUACCUACCUUACCGUUGGUUUCUGAGGAGAAUGCUCCAGACAUCACGGACAAGGCCAUCUCAGAUGAGGCCAGACGUGCAGGAGGAGCAGAAAGUUCACCCGUAUCGGAUGAUGUCAUCCAGCCAGCUGCCCUUGAAGACCCGGGAAACCCUCUCUUAGCUGCUUCUUCCCCGUACGGUGAUGUCAGCGGCCGGGUCUCCACGGAUCUGACAGCCCAGAGCACCCCCCCAGCUGCUGCCCGAGCUGAUCUCACUCCCCCGGACUCAGAACACACAUGUUUGCCUUCCGGCCCAGCUGGUGAUGGAGUCGAAGCUUCCAUUCCCUGCUGCCAACGUCUGGCCAAGGACUUAAGCAGGAGUUCUGACUCGGAAGAAGCAUUUGAGACCCCAGAAUCGACGACCCCCGUCAAAGCUCCACCAGCCCCACCCCCGCCACCCCCUGAAGUCAUUCCAGAGCCUGAGGUCAGCACGCAGCCUCCCCCGGAAGAAGCAGGAUGCGGCUCUGAGCCUGUCACCGUCCCCGAUGGCCAUCGCAGCAGCUCGUUGGAAGGAAGUCCUUUCCGUCCUCCGACACAAUCCUUCUCCGCCGUCUUCGAUGAAGACAAGCCGAUAGCCAGCAGCGGGACGUACAACUUGGACUUUGACAACAUCGAGCUGGUGGAUGAUUUUCAGACCUUGGAGCCUCGCUGCUCCGAUCCUAAGAAUCAGGACUGCAAAGUGAACUCGCGGAGGAAGUCCACGGACUCUGUCCUCAUCUCUAAGUCGACGUUGUCCCGCUCGCUCAGCCUGCAAGCCAGUGACUUUGAUGGUGCUUCUUGCUCAGCCAACCCUGAGGCCACGGCCCCGGCCCCAGAUGCAUAUAGCACAGGUUCCAGCAGUGCUUCUAGUACCCUUAAGCGAACUAAGAAACCGAGGCCACCUUCCUUAAAAAAGAAACAGACCACUAAGAAACCCCCUGAAACCCCCCCAGUGAAAGAGACACAGCAAGAGCCAACUGAGGAGAGUCCUGACCUCAGCGAGGAGAAUCGAAUAUCCGAGACAAAAACGGAGUCAGCCAAGACGGAAGGUUCUGGACCAGCCUCCUUGGAGGAGUCACCCCUAGAACCUGCUGCUGUGCCCAAGGCUGCCUGCCCUCUGGGCUCCGAGGGUGCAGAAGGGGCCAUCCCCCCAGCUUCUGGGGGUGGCAGAGUGCAGAACUCACCCCCUGUUGGAAGGAAAACAUUGCCUCCUGCCACGGCCUCGGAGUCGGUAGAGGUGACCCCAUCAGAUACUGGGGGGCAGGAGGACUCCCCGGCCAAAGGCCUCUCAGUGAGGCUGGAGUUUGACUAUUCAGAGGACAAGGGUAGUUGGGACACCCAGCAGGAAAACCCCCCUCCCACCAAAAAGAUAGGCAAAAAGCCGGUUGCCAAAAUGCCCCUGAGGAGGCCAAAGAUGAAAAAAACACCCGAAAAACUCGACAACACUCCUGCCUCGCCUACCAGAUCCCCUGCUGAACCCAAUGACAUCCCUAUCGCUAAAGGUACCUACACCUUUGAUAUUGACAAGUGGGAUGACCCCAAUUUUAACCCUUUUUCUUCCACCUCAAAAAUGCAGGAGUCUCCCAAACUGCCCCAGCAAUCAUACAACUUUGACCCGGACGCCUGUGAUGAGUCCAUUGACCCCUUUAAGACAUGCUCUAAGACCCCCAGCUCACCUUCUAAAUCCCCAGCCUCCUUUGAGAUCCCAGCCAGUGCCAUCGAAGCCGAUGGAGUGGACGGGGAUGGGCUGAACAAGCCCGCCAAGAAGAAGAAGACGCCCCUCAAGACUGACACAUUUAGGGUGAAAAAGUCGCCAAAACGGUCUCCCCUCUCUGAUCCACCUUCUCAGGACCCCACCCCCGCGGCCACGCCGGAAUCGCCGCCGGUGAUCUCCGCGGUGGUCCACGCAACCGACGAGGAGAAGCUGGCGGUCACCAGCCAGAAGUGGACGUGCAUGACGGUGGAUCUGGAGGCUGACAAACAGGACUACCCAGAGCCCUCGGACCUGUCCACCUUCGUAAACGAGACCAAGUUCAGUUCACCCACGGAGGAGUUGGAUUACAGAAACUCCUAUGAAAUCGAAUAUAUGGAGAAAAUUGGUUCUUCCUUAUCUCAGGACGACGAUGCCCCGAAGAAGCAGGCCUUGUACCUUAUGUUUGACACUUCUCAGGAGAGCCCGGUCAAGUCUCCCCCCGUCCGGAUGUCAGAGUCCCCGACGCCGUGUUCAGGCUCAAGUUUUGAGGAGACUGAAGCCCUUGUGAAUGCCGGGGCAAAGAUCCAGCAUCCUGUUGCACGAGGGCUGGCCCCCAACCAGGAGCCACACUUGCAGGUGCCAGAGAAAUCCUCCCAGAAAGAGCUGGAUGCCAUGGCCUUGGGCACUGCGUCAGAAGUGAUUGAAAUUACAGCUGCUGAGGGCUCCUUUGCCUCUGCUGACGCCCUCCUCAGCAGGCUGGCUCAUCCAGCCUCUCUCUGUGGUGCGCUUGACUAUCUGGAGCCCGACUUAGCAGAAAAGAACCCCCCAGUAUUUGCUCAGAAACUUCAGGAGGAGUUAGAGUUUGCCAUCAUGCGGAUAGAAGCCCUGAAGCUGGCCAGGCAGAUCACCCUGGCUUCCCGUAGCCGCCAGGAAACCAAGAGAGAAGCUGCUCAUCCAACAGACGUCUCCAUCUCCAAAACAGCCUUGUAUUCCCGCAUCGGGACGGUGGAGGCGGAGAAGCCCGCAGGCCUUCUGUUCCAGCAGCCCGACCGGGACUCCGCGCUCCAGAUCGCCAGGGCAGAGAUCAUAACCAAGGAGAGAGAAGUCUCAGAGUGGAAGGGUAAAUAUGAAGAAAGCAGGCGGGAAGUGAUGGAAAUGAGGAAAAUAGUAGCUGAGUAUGAGAAGACCAUCGCCCAGAUGAUAGAGGAUGAACAGAGGGAGAAGUCGGUCUCCCAUCAGACGGUCCAGCAGCUGGUCCUGGAGAAGGAGCAAGCCCUGGCUGACCUGAACUCGGUGGAGAAAUCUCUGGCCGAUCUCUUCAGGAGAUAUGAGAAGAUGAAAGAGGUCCUGGAGGGCUUCCGCAAGAAUGAAGAGGUGCUGAAGAAAUGUGCACAGGAAUACCUGUCCCGAGUAAAGAAGGAGGAGCAGAGGUACCAGGCGCUGAAGGUCCACGCGGAAGAGAAGCUGGACAGGGCCAACGCUGAGAUCGCCCAGGUGCGGGGAAAGGCCCAGCAGGAGCAGGCCGCCUACCAGGCCAGCCUGCGGAAGGAGCAGCUGCGGGUGGACGCUCUGGAAAGAACGCUGGAGCAGAAGAAUAAAGAGAUAGAAGAACUCACCAAGAUUUGUGAUGAACUGAUUGCCAAAAUGGGGAAAAGCUAACUUUGAACCAAAUGUUUGGACUUGACCCUUGCGUGCAAUAUGACCGUCGGCACACUGCUGUCCCUCUGGUUCUGUGGACAGGUUCUGUUUUCACUUUUUCGUAUGCACUACUGUAUUUCCUUUCUAAAUAAAGUUGAUUUGGUUGUAUGCAGUACUAAGGAGACUAUCAGAAUUUCUUGCUAUUGGUUUGCAUUUUCCUAGUAUAAUUCAUAGCAAGUUGACCUCAGAGUUCCUGUAUCAGGGAGAGUGUCUGAUUCUCUAAUAAAAGACAAAUCGCUGACCUUGGCCUUGCCCUUUGUACAUGAGUUUCCAGGGUGAGCGGCUUUUGGAUUUAAUAUGAUCAUGUACAGCUUGCAAAGGGACUCUUGCCUUAAGGAGUGUAAACUUGAUCUGCAUUUGCUGAUUUGUUUUAAAAAAAAAAGAAAAUGCAUGUUUCAAAUAAAAUUCUCUAUUGUAAAUAAAUUUUUUUCUUUGGAUCUUGGCAA